UGGCGGGCGCGGGGAGAGGUGGCGGUGGGCACCAUGGCCGAGGGGCCGCAGUCCCCCGGCGGCGCCGUGUGCCCGACCGCCUACCCCGACGCCCCCGCAGAAUUCCCCCCUCACCUCCAGGCCGGCGCGAUGCGGCGCCGCUUCUGGGGAGUGUUCAACUGCCUGUGCGCCGGCGCGUUCGGGGCCCUGGCCGCCGCCUCCGCCAAGCUGGCCUUCGGCAGCGAGGUGAACAUGGCCUUCUGCAUCUUAGGCGUCAUCAUGAUGGCGACCACCAAUUCUCUGAUGUGGACGUUCUUUAGCCGGGGCCUCAGUUUCUCCAUGUCUUCGGCCAUUGCGUCUGUCACGGUGACGUUUUCGAACAUCCUCAGCUCGGCCUUUCUGGGCUUUGUGUUGUACGGAGAGUGCCAGGAGGUCUUGUGGUGGGGAGGCGUGUUCCUCAUCCUCUGCGGACUCAGCCUGAUCCACAGGAAGCUGCCCCCCAGCGGGAAGGCCACCGAACGCAAGCAGCAGUAGCAGCAGGUGCGGGGGGGACCCGCUGGAGACACAGCACAGCGGCCCGGGUGCGGGAUGGCGUGUGGGGACCACCUCCCGGGCCUUCUGACCAUCGGCCAGGUGGAGAUGUUCCUGAGGGAAAUGGGCCCCUGAACCAGCAGCCUCGAGGGUGGCCAGCCGCAGCUCCUGGAAGGGGAAGGACAGGCAUCCGCGUGUUCGGCCUGAAGCCUUCUCGAUACACGUGGGUGGUACUUUCGAUGCUCACAACCCUGCCCCCACCCCAGCACCCCGUGGCAGACGCUGGAGACCCCAGGGUCUGUCUGCGGGGUGUUGGGCCUCAAGACCGCGCUGUAAUUGCAAUCCUGCGGCCGGACAGAGGGCCGGCACGUGACACUGGGGUGCGUUCCGGGGGAGCUUUCCGACACCUCCACGCGGCUGGACCGGGGUACCUGAGUCGUGCUUCUGCAGUUCAGCGAGGGAAGGGAAACUGGAUUAAUAAAUCUUUUGGUUUGUAA